GUCCACUACACAAAACAGACAUUCAAGUCCAGCAAAAAGGCGGGUUUGCUUGAUAAGUCAGCAAUGUAACCCCACACAACAAUAUAAAAAGAAGUCACCAUCUGAUACCAGUAAGGUAAAGUCCACUUAACAGGCAUUACAGCGCAGUAAAACCUUGAACAGAACGAAGACAUUAUGCAUCUUCAGGGAUUGGUGUAUUUAUUGUUGCAUGUGUGUUUCCAUUCAUCGGCGCAUUUGUCAUCUUUAUCCAACGAAAAAAAGCAUGAACAAAUGGACGUUUCCUCAAAUAUCACCGGACAGCAGCAAGUGCCCGUUCUUUUGCAAGGAACUAUGAAACAACCAACAAGUCAUACCAAUACGCUAGAAGAGGACAUUCAGGACAAUAUGUAUGAGUAUAUCACCGACAAUAUCCCCGCCGCCACCACCACUAAAAACAUCCUAAGAGAAAUACAGGAAGAGACAAAAUUUCUGCAACUGUUACAAGGAGAUGCAGCUGACGAGGACGAUUUGGUUGAAUUUAUCACGGUCUCUAAUUUGAAAGAAUCAAAAGCCAAAAAGACAGAUGAUAAAUCAUCCACUUUGGAGCAAACAACUAAACCCAAUGGACAUGAAAUUAAAAAAUCAAACGACCAACAUGUUAACAUUCCUGCUAGAAAACAAGAUAGACUACUGCCGCUCGGUCAAACAAUACGACCCCCGCACGGGAAACUCACAAUAAUGGAUCUAACUGCGAAGACCUAUGGCUCGUCAAAGUUGAGCAGUUCAAGGAUUCGACACAGACGUGAUCCAUCUGGAGGAUCUGGAGAGUCAGGGGAUGGUUCAGGUGACUUUGAAAAUGACACCACCAUCCGAAUAUCCACUGAAAUGACUUCGCUGUCAUCCCAAGUUUUGUCAAGUACCGCCCCUAGUACUGUCACCUCAAUUCCUUUAACAACAUUGACGAAAAAUACGCCCACAUCUCCUAAACCUUCUGAGGAUCCUACAACUACUGCAAGCAAGCAAGAUAUUCCACAGAGGAUAAAUAUAGAGUCAACAUUUCUGCAAACCCUAGAGAAACGUGUACCAAUGUCGCUAAAAUUCAACGCAAGUUUCAAUGAUUUAAAGACCACCUUUGAAGAGAAGAAAGCUGAUUUAGAGAACCAGAUAUUCACUACAUUCAAUUCAACUGGAAUGGAGGGUCUUCUUGGAGUGGAAAUAACCAAAUUCAGCAAAGGGAGCAUCAUAAUCGAUUACACCCUAAUUUUUGCCCUGAAAGUGUUCCUAAAUAAUUCUGGCAAUUCCAAUGAUGCAUUGACCACAAUUAAAGACGUUUUGAGUGGCAACAGAACUCUUCAAGUAAAAGUGGAUAACAAGAUAUACGGUUCGGACGAACAGUAUGCACUUAAUGAAUUACAGAAAAUAGGUGAGUUUGACGAGGUUUUUUCUGAGGAUUCUGAUGCUGCACACAUCGGCACCGGUGGCCUGGUCUAUGCCCCGCCUUCGUUGUCAAGGGCCGUUGGCAUGGGUAAACUCGGUGGGCGGACCUUUGCAGCAUCAGCACGUCUAGGGAAACAAUAG